AUGGUCAUCCAUUCAGGCUUCAAAACAGUGUCGGUGUCUACUGUCAUUGUUUUGAGACGAGGGAGGAGGCGAUUCGGACUAAACCUGUCUUCUCUACUAAACGUUUCCAAGGAAUGCUGUGUGCUUUUAGGUUUUGCCGAUGAUUUGGUGACAAGAAGACAAAAGAAAGAUGCUCAACUUGGUGAAGAAGAACGUGCCAUGCGAAGGGUUUCCUACCUGAAAGCUACAUGGGGAGACCGAUUGCACCUGGACAGUGACGUGGAACCAGAGAACGACCCACAAGGCCUCAGAGGCACUACGAAGAAGGGAGAAGAAGAAAUAGCAGAGAAUGCAGUAGACGGAGAAGCGACAGAAGGAGACGUGCAGGGCAAUGUGCAGAUCAAAAUGGUGGUCAGUAAUGGCAAGCGCGCGAGUGACAGAUCCUGGAAGCAAGUGUGGGCAGUGCUGCACGGGACCAAGCUGUACCUCUACCGACACCAUCCUAGUCAGGUUUGCAACAAAAUAAUCAAAGGCAACUUGCCUUGCAAGAAACCUUCAGCUUCAAUUUCUCAAGGAAACUUCACUAUGACAAUAUCUAAAAGAGGUCGGAAAAAUCCUUUUAUAGUGAGGCCAAACACAUGUGAUGUGAUGGAAGCUUCAGCGGAAGGUUCUAUUUGUAUGCGGCCUUGGAGCUCGCUCCGAUCAAUGACGUACACUUCUCUCAAAGUGUACCUUUUUGCUGGCCAACAGUGUACCGUCUGCACGUGUGCUAGGGCUGACAAACGCAUCUAA